GCCCCGCGGCGCGGAGAUGAGCAGGUCCGCGGCGCUCCUCUUCUGCCUGCUGGGCUGCAACGUCUGGAAGGCGGGGACCAAGACGCUGCGGGAGCCCGGCGCCGGAGCCCAAGAGGUUACACUGAAAGUCCACGUCAGUGAUGCCAGCACCCACCAGCCCGUCCCAGAUGCCCUCAUCGAGAUUUUCACCAACCAGGUCUCCAUUGCCUCUGGCACCUCGGGCACGGAUGGCGUCGCUUUCAUCAAGUUCCAGUAUAAGCUGGGCAGUCAGCUGAUCGUCACCGCCACGAAGCAUGCCUAUGUGCCAAACUCUGCCCCGUGGAAGCCAAUCCGAUUACCUGUAUUUUCUUCACUGAGCCUGGGCCUGCUUCCAGAACGAUCUGCGACUCUAAUGGUGUAUGAAGAUGUUGUCCAAAUAGUCUCAGGGUUCCAAGGUGCCCGGCCACAGCCUCGCGUUCACUUCCAGAGGAGAGCUCUGCGGUUGCCUGAGAACACCAGCUACAGUGACCUGACGGCUUUCCUCACUGCCGCCAGCUCCCCGUCCGAGGUGGACAGCUUUCCCUACUUGCGAGGACUAGACGGGAACGGAACAGGAAACGGCACCAGGUAUGACCUGACCCCAGUCACGGCCGUCAGUGUCCACUUGCUCAGCAGUGAUGGAACGCCAGUGCUGGUGGACGGCCCCAUUUACGUCACCGUGCCCCUGGCCACCCAGAGCAGUCUGAGGCACAAUGCCUAUGUCGCGGCGUGGCGAUUUGACCAGAAGCUGGGAACGUGGCUGAAGAGUGGUCUGGGCCUCGUGCACCAGGAAGGUAGCCAGCGGACGUGGACGUACAUUGCCCCUCAGCUGGGGUACUGGGUGGCAGCCAUGUCUCCUCCCAACCCAGGUCCCGUUGCCACACAGGACAUUACCACGUAUCACACGGUGUUUCUUUUGGCCAUUUUAGGAGGGAUGGCUUUCAUACUUUUGGUUCUGCUGUGUCUCCUUUUAUAUUAUUGCAGGCGGAAAUGCUUGAAACCUCGUCAGCACCACAGAAAACUCCAACUUCCGACGGCCCUCGAGAGCUCCAAAAGAGAUCAGUCAACUUCCAUGUCUCACAUCAACUUGCUGUUUUCACGUCGGGAGUCAGAAUUCCCCGGCCCGCUCUCUGUCACCGGCCACGGCCGCCCGGACGCCCCUGGGCCAAAGGAGCUGAUGAGCGGGGUCCAUUUAGAAAUGAUGUCUUCCAACGGAGAAGCAGACAUGCACACCCCCAUGCUAAAGCUUUCCUACAGCACCUCGCAAGAGUUCAGCUCGCGGGAGGAACUUCUCUCCCACAAGGAAGAGGACAAAAGCCAAAUCUCCUUCGAUAACCUGACACCAAGUGGGACGUUGGGAAAAGAGUAUCGUAAGUCCGUGGAGAUUUUCCCCUUAAAGUCCAGGAAAUCUGUGGAAAGAGAAGGCCGUGAGUCCCCUGGCAACAGCGAGUACAGGAGGAGCUACAAUGCCAUGCUCUCGCAGCCCCUGUUUGAAAAGCAAGACAGAGACGGCCAGGCCUCCGCUAACCAUAUUUCCACGGGAAGCAAACUCACCAUUCAGGAACACAUGUACCCCACGCCUUCAUCUCCCGAAAAGGAACAGCUGCUGGACCGCAGGCCUACUGAGUGUAUGAUGUCCCGGUCAGUGGACCACCUGGAGAGACCCACGUCCUUUCCGCGGCCCGGCCAGUUGAUCUGCUGUAGUUCCGUUGACCAGGUCAACGACAGCGUUUACAGAAAGGUAUUACCUGCCUUGGUCAUCCCCGCGCACUAUAUGAAACUCCCCGGGGACCACUCCUAUGUGGGCCAGCCCCUGGUCGUUCCAGCCGACCAGCAGCUGGAGAUCGAAAGACUGCAGGCUGAGCUCUCCAGCCCUCACGCGGGGAUCUUCCCGCACCCCUCCUCCCAGAUCCAAGCGCAGCCCCUGUCCUGCCAGGCCAUCUCCCAGCAGCACUUGCAGGAUGCAGGCGCCCGGGAGUGGACCCCGCAAGGCGCGUCCAUGUCAGAGUCCCUCUCCAUCCCGGCCUCCCUGAACGAUGCGGCCUUGGCUCAGAUGAACAGCGAGGUCCAGCUCCUGACCGAGAAGGCUCUGAUGGAACUUGGGGGUGGGAAGCCGCUCCCACACCCCCGGGCGUGGUUCGUCUCCCUGGACGGCAGGUCCAAUGCGCACGUUAGACAUUCCUACAUUGAUCUCCAAAGAGCCGGAAGGAACGGAAGCAAUGAUGCCAGUUUGGAUUCUGGCGUGGAUAUGAAUGAACCAAAAUCUGCCCGGAAGGGAAGAGGAGACCCCUUGUCCCUCGCACAGAACCACCCGGCCGUCCAGGAGCAUCCGCAGAAAGAGCCGCGGGCCGCAGACAGCACCUCCUACACGCAGCUCGUGUACCUGGACGACAUGGACCAAAGCGGCAGCGAGUGCGGCACCACCGUCUGUACCCCCGAGGACAGUGCCCUGCGCUGCUUGUUGGAUGGCUCCGGCCGGAGAAGCGGCGGCCAGCUGCCCAGCCUGCAGGAGGAGACGACAAAACGAACUUCGGACGUCCCCCCGGAGCCGCUAGCCAGCCCGGAGCAGAGGAGAUCGGCCCAGGAGGACGACGAAGAGGAAGACGAGGAGGACCAAGGAGAGGACAAGAAGAGCCCCUGGCAGAAGCGGGAAGAGAGACCCCUGAUGGCGUUUAACAUGAAGUGAGCUGUCACAGCGCCACCCGUCGGCGGAACAUAAUAAGAAUUGCCAAAAAUUCUUUCCUUAGGGAAGCGUUUACUCGUUCGUGGAGGAGGUAGAGCAGCGGCAGCCGUGGAAGCGGACUUAAGCUGCAUCACGCUUCACUGUGUACAUGUUAGAACGGAAUUAAAGUUACCGGAUGAUGUUCGUGGACGCCUCACCGCCAGGGAGAUGGCUGAACAGGAGUGUCUGAAUGUGGCUCCUGCGUCUGGGACGCGCCUCCCCCCCGCCCCACCCCCACCCCC